AUGGAGUUACUGUAUUCACUUCACUCUGUGCCGUACCUGAUGACGAUCCAACAACAUCCACCAUCCAUUCACACCUGUAUUCAUUCUUCAAAAACUCUCAUUCUCCCACAGCAAAUCCUGCGUCACUCGCGGGCCAAUGCCACCAAGGUGAUCUUCCUGAUAACGGAUGGCUACUCCAACGGGGGCGACCCUCGCCCGGUGGCAGCUGCUCUGAGGGAGCAGGGGGUGGAGAUCUACACCCUGGGGAUCUGGCAGGGGAACAUUAGAGAGUUACAUGACAUGGCCUCACACCCUAAGGACCAGCACUGCUACCUGGUACACAACUUCGCAGAGUUCGAGGCCCUGGCUCGCCGCGCGCUGCACGAAGGUGAGGCGGAAGGGGCACUUGAAUAGCCUGGGUACCGGUCUGUUAGUGCUAUCUUUUCACUCCUUGUCAUUCCUUGUCAUGCCAAACAUGGAAUGAUGGCACAACAGACUGGUACCCAGGUUAGAGAAUGAGUCAAUGAGAGAUUUGUGGGAAGAAAAUAUUGAGUGGGAUAUAUUUUUCUCAACUAAGGUUACAGCAGCGCCAUGUGACUAACCCACCGGCCCAAAACUGGUUGAAUCAACGUUGUUUCCACGUCAUUUCAAACAAAAAAAUUCAAUAUGAUGACAUUGAGUCAAGGUGGAAAACUAAUUGGGAUUUGCAAAAAGUCAUCCAAUUUAAGGGAAAUUCGACCAAACUUUUAACCUGAUCACUCAACCAAAUGUAAAUAAAAACUAGAUGUUGAACUGACGUCUGCGCCCACUGGGAACGUAUUUUUAAAAAGUGAAGAAUUUCUGUGGAAUUCCAUCCACAUCAUGAACACAGUUUGCCCUGUAUGUCCCCUGUGUCUAGCCAACAUAUAACAUCAUAAAAAAGGAGGUAAAGUACCUUCUCCAUUCCCACAGUCCAUGUGAGGGAGCAGAACCCAGAAAUAGUACCGGAGUCAUCGUUUCUCAGACAUCAGUUGCAUCGGACCAUAAAACAACAACAUGCAAGCACCGAACUGUGCAUAUUAUGCCAUUUGGGACGCAGCCUAUAUUAGAAACUAGACAGUGGUAAAUCAGUUCUGUCAGACAGAAAGAGGGAUAAGGUUGUCAGAGUGUGAGCCACGGCAGCCAGUGCAUGUUAUCAGGGCUCUCUGCCGUGUGUCUCUGUUUUACUGACUCUCCCUCUCUAAGUCUGCUCCCUGGCUCUGCAAACUCCAAUCUGAACACCAGCUCCUUAGCCCUAUAGCCCCAGCUUCAGCCAUAGCUUCAGCCCCCAGUCCCAGUUUCAGCCAUAUAUUCAGCCCCAGCCCCAGUUUCAGCCCUAUCUUCAGCCCCAGUCCCAGUUUCAGCCAUAGCUUCAGCCCCAGUCCCAGUCCCAGUCCCCGUUUCAGCCAUAGCUUCAGCCCCGGUUUCAGCCAUAGCUUCCGCUCCAGCCCUAUACCAUUGAUUUCAUUCCACCAGGCAAGAUCAAUUAAGUGUAGCUAAAACAUUUGAACCCAGGUCUCUACCCCUGCCGACCCCAACCCCUGGACCGAACACCAUCCUCAGCCAUGUGUGAAAAAUAUCUGGCCCACAAUGUUCUUUGUUUGGUUCCUACUUCUCAGGAAGAACAAUCACUCGGCCAAUCCUGCUUCUUUUUUUAUUAUUUAUGAGAAGGCAGAUAAGUGCAUCCAGCCCUAGCUUAGCGUAGCCUACAUGACAUUUUUACUAUUACUCAAGACAGAUGUUUAUACAGUAGUAUGCCAAUUUACAGCAAUCUACUCUGUUAUCAGGAUUGGAAUUGACUCCAUCGUUUUCAGUAAAAUGACUCAGAAAACAGUUUUCUCCCACCAGUGUGUUGACCAAACCAGUGGCCCUUUGAUUUAAUUCACCGGUUACCUUCUAAUAUCACAAAUUGUCUAGAAAAGACCUCACACGCCACCUUGACAGGGGUUCGAGCCCCGGCUCAGCCAUCUGUCUGUGCCCCUAACAUCCUUUUUGUCCCUCUCUGACUCCCAAACUGUUCCUUCAUCUGUUCUAUCAUAAAAACUAUAAGAUGUGUAAGGGGAACGGAACUGCAAGUUCGUAAAAUUAAAAAUUAAAAAGGAAAAGAUAAAAGGUUUAUGAAAGAAAAACGUUGCUAACAUCCUCUGGUGACCUUUGACCUUUGUGUUUAUGACCUUUGUAUCCCCUCAGACCUGCCGACAGGAAGCUACAUCCAGGAAGAUCUAUCCCACUGCUCGUCCCUGUGCGAUGCCGGGGCGGACUGCUGUGACAUCAUGGCCAGCUGCAAGUGUGGCACCCACACGGGCCAGUACGACUGUAUUUGUGAGAAGGGCCACUACGGCAAGGGGCUGCAGUACGAGUGCACAGGUAGGAGGACACAGACACAAGGGAAUGGACCCAGUAAGGACAGCCAUGUUGACUCUAUUCUUGUUGCCUCUUGA